UUUAAACCAUGUUUUAUACAUGCCCAUCCCUGCAGGUGCUGUAGUGCAUGUAGUUUCACUCUUUUAACUUUUUGGUCUAAACUCUAAAGUCUAAACACGUGUUUCCCCGUCAUAUGCAUACAUAGUACAUAUUAAUAUCCAGUCUUAAAAAUUUGAUUCCAAAUGAACAACAAAUAAAUGCAAAGAAAUUUUAUUAUUUAUUGAAAUUUAUUGUGAGUUGUUAAUUAAUUAUAAAAUGGUAAAACUCAUUCCAGGCAUGUAUCAUAAAAAAAUAGGCAAACAACAUUUAAAAGGCCAAAGUUUGUUAUCCAAUCGAAAGUUAAAAAAAAUCGUAAAAGGACCGGCAUGGUUUUAUCCUGAAAAACCGAGUAAAGAUAAAACGAGUAAUUCUUCGAUUUCUGAUUCAAAAGCCACAAAUAAAAAAAUUGAUACACCGUCAACCACAACAACUGCAAAAAUCUUGGAUUCAUACGCAAGUAAAUAUUGUAAGUGUUCCAAUACUGCCUUCAGCCAAUUUUUAAAUCACUUUCAACAAUCAUCAGUUAUCCAAAAUGAAAUGUUAGCAAUAUUGUCAGCAGUAGUUUCAGUGAUAACCCAAAACGAAAGUAACGAAUCGUCCAGUGAAUACUAUUCAGCUUUGAUGAAAACGUUAGAUCAGGCAGAAACAGAUCAAUCAAUAUUGGCAACACUUUCACUUCUUAAAAUGUUGUUAAGUACGGUACCUAAGAAAAUGUUACAAAGCCAAUUUAACGAGGCUAGUCAGACGUUUAUUGGAAUAUUAAAAAAAUAUUCAUCCAUCUCAGAUAAUCACUUAAUUAUUCGGCAUUGUAUUGAAUGUUUAACAGUAUUACUCCUAGCACAAGCUGCUGAAACACUAAAUAAUGAUUUGGUGACUGUUAUUUAUGAUAAAAUAUUAACAUUCAUUGUUCAUACGAAGCCUAAGAUACGAAAAGUAGCUCAACAUUCGAUUUGUCUUAUUUUGAAAAAUUUGAAUUCAACUGAUACCGAUAAAUCAACAAACUGUUGUCAAUUUGUUUUACGAGUUGCAGAUUACUGUGUUUUGACUUUAAAAAGUUCCCAAGAAUCAGAAAAAUCUUGCAUUAAUAAUACUAAAAUUCUUCAUGUUCUGGCAUUUUUAAAAGACAUCAUUCCUAUGAUGCCACCAAAGCGUGUUAAAGUGAUUAGUAAGGAAUUGUUAAAUAUCUUGAGAUCAAAAAAUACGAUGUUAACUUCAUGUUGUCUUCAAACUCUACACAGUUUAUUUACCUCUCAAACACUUGUUCUUUCUUCACAAUUCAGUACACGGAUUAUUAGCACUCUAUAUGAUUAUCAACUGAAAACAGGAGAAUCAGAUGCAACUUUGGCUUGGCUGGCUGUCAUACAACAAGCAAUGUGUAACGUGGCAAAAAAUGAUCUCGAAGAAUGUUCUCUUAUUUUAUUCAAAAUUUUGACAAAAAUGAUAGAACUCUGGAAGUUUGAUGAUGAGAAAAUUGUAUAUACAUUAAAUGACAGUAUCAAUAUAGUAAUUCAAGAGUGUCUAACUCCAAUGUGUAUUAAUAAUGCUAUUGCCAAGAAAUACAAAGAUAUACUGAGAAAAAUAAUUCAAUUAGCUCAUGAAGGGUUAAAGGACAAAUCUAUUGAUCAUUCAGUCAGACUUCAUACUUUAAUUUUUAUUAAAACUCUGUAUCAGGUGAUCGGACGUACUUGUGCCCCAGAAAUGGCUCAAUGCUUAACAAGCCUAGCUGAUCUACAUGAUUGUCACAACUCAAAAUACUCAACUUGCGUAGAAAAUGCUAUUGAAGCUGCAGUGAAAUCACUUGGACCAGAACUGGUCCUUUCAAAAAUACCUCUAAAAACACCAGAAGGUGAUUUUGAUAAUCGACGUAUUUGGCUUCUGAGUGUCCUUAGUAACGCUAUAAAUGAAUCAACAUUAUCCUAUUUUCGGGAUGCCAUUUUACCACUGGCUAUGAUGUGUGACAAUAAAUCAAUUGACCUUCAAGAUAAUAAUGACCAAUCUCGUGCUCAUACUUAUAAAACACUUUACAACAAAAUAUGGAGUUUACUCCUAGGAUUUUGUAAUAAUCCAAUAGACAUUAAAAGUAAUUUCAAAACUAUUGCCAAUAUUCUUAGUCUAGCAAUCACAGACAAAAAAGACUUACGAAUGGUAGUGGUACAGUCGUUAAAAAAAUUAAUAAUAAUUUCAAUUGAAAAAAAGGCUGUAGAAGAUAUUCAGGAACUCAAAAAAUUUUCAAGUGUUUAUUUGCCAAGUUUGAUUGACUGUUAUAUAACCAAAACAAAUGACAGUGACGAAGAGACUCAUAGAUGUGCUGUUCUUGAUCUUAUAAAACUUUAUUUAUCAAUCUCAUCAAAAGACACAAUUGGAAAAAUAUUUGUUGAAAUUUUUAGGCGGCUUGAUGUAUUUGAAACCGAUGAUUUUUUAAAAGACGCACUAUUUGAUUUAAUUCAAGUUUUGAUCAAUUUUAUCGAUGGAAAUAAACUUGAAAAUAUUUAUGAGAAAUGUGGUUUAAUGAUAAAUGAUAAAAUGAAUUCUAAAGAUCAACAAAAAUGGUACAAAAUCCUAGAAGAAAUUCUUUUGAGUCAAUCAGAAUUCUGUCACAAAUUUGUUGAAGAAAACCGUGAAAAAAUUCAAAAAAUGUUCGUUGAAGCAAGUGAAAAUAUGAUAGCGGUAUCGAAAGAAAAUCGUCUAUAUUGUCUUCGGUGCUUAAUUAAAAGUCAUCCAAAAUUACAAAAAACGAAUUUUUUAAAAUCAAUUAUUCCCGAAAUAGUUAUGUGCGUUAAAGAAUAUGAUGAAACUUGUCGGAAAGUCUCAUACGAAUUAUUAAAUGAAAUUGCUGAUAAAUUUGAAACAAAUGUAGAGUUUUUUGAAGAGUACAUUAGUAUGUUGAUUGUUGGAGGUGAUCCAAGCUACGUUUCAUCAAGUUUAUUAGGACUUACUGGAAUCAUUUUCAAAUAUCAUAGUUUAAUUAGUGAUAAUAAAUUAGCAGAAAUUGUAAAAUACUUAAGUACUUUGAUUACCGGAACAUCAAGAGAAAUUAUAAACUCUGUAAUUGGACUUUUAAAAGUCUUAACAACAUCAUUAUCAAUUACCUCCCUUCGUUUCCUGCUGACAAUAAUUAUGAAAUGUUUUACUGUCAUGACUGACGAUUGCAAACGCCACUUUCGUAAAAAGAUUAGUGAUAUUUUAUUAAAAUUGGUCAAGAAGUUUGAUUUUAAAACUAUCUCUAAAAUGGUACCAUUGUCAGAUGAAGCGACACAUAGAAGGCUUGAAAGUAUUGAACAAAAUAAUUUAAAUAAUAAGGACGAAAAUUGUUUAAAAAAUAAAAACAAUCGAAAUUUAAUAUCGGCAGAAGGGAAAAAAAGAAAAAGAGAAUUUAAUAAUGAUAAUGAUGAUCAUCAAAAAAAAAGUCUCAAAGCUGACAAGACACUUGAAUUGAAACCAUUGCGUCGGUCGACGUUGAAUAAAAAAAAAAAAUUGAAAAAUGCUGCCAAAAUCAAGAAUGACAAUUCUGGAAUGAAAAGAAGAAUUACUGUUGACGGGAAAAAACAUAGGAAAUAAUAUACACUUUGAGAUAUUUCAUUGCUUAGGUUUUUUGGAAUUAUAUAGCAUAAUAUAGCUUUUAAAAAAAUAGAAACUUUUGUAUCAUACUAAAUAUUUAUUAUAACUACCUCCUGAAUUGAAUGAAGUAUUCGAAUUUAACGUUUGUAUUUAGACACGAAAUAAGCACAAUAACAACUCCGGAUUUGUAAUAUUAUACGCUUAAAUGUUUGCCAAAAGUCGGAGGUUUUUUUUGUCAAUUUUGAUAAAUUUUGAAAAUAUUUUACGAAAUUUGUCAAAUUUUCUCAAAUUUUUAGUGUUCCGUAGGACACUUA